CCUGUCUUCUCCAGAAUGUCAUCUGUUCUGUAUCAUAUUUUUGCGCUGUGCUGAGACAUACUGGGAAUGAGGCAGGUGGCAGCACCUGCACUGGGCACACAGCCAUUACCUACAGUUGGGUGUGCAACCCAGCUCUGUCGAAGAUGCACUGGACACCGGAACACGCCCAGCCCCUCAACCAGUGGCCAGAGCAGCACUUGGACGUCUCCUCCACUACCCCGUCGCCGGCCCACAAGUUGGAGUUGCCCCCUGGGGGUCGCCAGCGCUGCCACUACGCUUGGGCACACGAUGACAUCUCCGCCCUCACUGCCUCCAACCUCCUCAAGCGCUACGCAGAGAAGUACUCAGGGGUCCUGGACUCGCCCUACGAGCGCCCCACCGUGGGCGGCUACGGCGACACCACCUUCCUCAACGGCGCCAAGGGGGACCCGGAGCCCUGGCCUGGGCCAGAGCCACCCUAUCCCUUGGCCUCACUCCACGAGGGCCUCCCAGGAACCAAGUCGGGCAGUGGGAGCGGUUCCGGGGGUCUCGGGAGCUCCCCUGUUUUAGCCGGGAACCUGCCGGAACCCCUCUACGCUGGCAAUGCAUGCGGGGGCCCGUCGGCAGCGCCCGAGUACGCGGCGGGCUACGGUGGGGGGUACCUGGCGCAAGGUUACUGCGCGCAGACGGGCGCCGCGCUGCCCCCGCCGCCGCCGGGGUACGGCCCCUCGGGGCCUCUGUACAACUACCCUGCGGGGGGCUACGCGGCGCAGCCCGGCUACGGCGCUCUCCCACCGCCCCCGGGGCCGCCCCCGGGCCCCUACCUGACCUCGGGCCUGCCCGCGCCCACGCCCCUGCCCCUGCCCGCGCCCGCCCCGCCGCGCCCGGCGCCCACCUCCUACACCUUCCAGACGGCCGCUCCGGGCGCGGAGGCCGGAGUGUCGCUGAAGCGCAAAGCCGCCGACGAGGGCGCAGAGGGCCGCUACCGCAAGUACGUUUACGAUCCCGCAAAGACGGCGGCCGACGGCGCCGCCUAUCCCGCCGGGGACAACAGCGAGUGUCGGGGCAACGGGUUCCGGGCAAAGCCGCUGGGAGCCGCGGAGGAGGCGUCGGGCAAGUACGGUGGCGGCGUCCCCCUCAAGGUCCUGGGCUCCCCAGCCUACGGCCCGCAACUCGAGCCCUUUGAAAAGUUCCCGGAGCGGGGCCCCGUGCCAGCUUCUCGUGGGGGCUUCGCGGUGCCGUCGGGGGAGCCACCCAAGGGUGUGGACCCGGGGACCCUAGAGCUGGUGACCAGCAAGAUGGUGGACUGCGGGCCUCCAGUGCAGUGGGCGGAUGUGGCAGGCCAGGGCGCGCUCAAGGCGGCGCUGGAAGAGGAGCUGGUGUGGCCCCUGCUGAGGCCGCCCGCCUACCCCGGCAACCCGCGCCCGCCGCGGACCGUCCUGCUCUUUGGGCCCCGGGGCGCGGGCAAAGCGCUGCUGGGCCGCUGCCUCGCCACGCAGCUGGGCGCCACGCUGCUGCGCCUGCGCGGUGUGACCCUGGCUGCACCCGGCGCCGCCGAGGGCGCGCGCCUCCUCCAGGCCGCCUUCGCGGCUGCGCGCUGCCGCCCGCCCGCGGUGCUCCUCAUCAGCGAGCUGGACGCGCUGCUGCCCGCCCGGGACGACGGCGCGGCUGCCGCGGGCGCGCUGCAGGUGCAGCUCCUGGCCUGCCUGGACGGCAGCUGCGGCGCGGGGGCCGAUGGUGUGCUGGUCGUGGGCACCACGUCGCGGCCUGUGGCUCUGGACGAGGCGACCCGCCGGCGCUUCGCUCUCCGCUUCUAUGUGGCGCUGCCCGACAGCCCGGCCCGCGGGCAGAUCCUGCAGCGGGCGCUGGCCCAGCACGGCUGCGUGCUCAGCGAGCCGGAGCUCGCGGCCCUGGUGCAGGGCACCCAGGGCUUCUCUGGGGGCGAACUGGGGCAGCUGUGCCAGCAGGCAGCGGCCGGGGCGGGCCUCCCGGGGCUGCAGCGCCCCCUCUCCUACAAGGACUUAGAGGCGGCGCUAGCCAAGGUGGGCCCAAGGGCCUCCCCCAAGGAGCUGGACUCGUUCGUGGAGUGGGACAAAAUGUACGGCUCUGGACACUGAUGGCGCGCGGGGAGGCUGCGGGAGCCUCCGCUCCUCCCUCCCUGCCUCCUCCACUUAGGAGGGAGGUCAUUGACUUAACCCUGCUGGGAGGGUGCCUGCCCCAGUGGUGAAUGUGGGGCGGGGGACCGGAGGGCUCUGCCGGUGGAUUUUUUUUUUCUUGGGAGGGAAAAGGCUUCUGCCAGGCAGAUACAUGCCAUAUGCGCCGUGUACUCAGGUUUUUCCUAUUUAUUGUGGACGGGAAGCUCGCCAUCUCCGCCCAGCAGAAGGGGCAGUCCUGGAAUAGGCUGGCAACUGGAGCCUCAGGAACUCCUGCUCUCUUGCCACAAUUCUUUUGUCUCCUCACUAUCUGAACGGCAACCUCCUCCUGGACCCCUCUCUCUCCACCCCUUUCUUUGCAUUCGCUUAGUUUUUUCUCCCUGUUGCUUUGUCACUGCCCCCACCCCCAUGC